AUGAAUCACUCUAAUAUAAUUAUUAACAAAUCCGUCAAACAAUUCACACAACUCCAAUCAACAUUUUCGACUCAAAAAUUAGCAUCAUCAUCACCAACAACCACCGCAUCAUCAACCAUUCCACAAUGUCAUUCGGAACAAGAAAAAAUAGAUAAAAUUAUUGUCGUUUCACGAUUCAAUGAAGAUGUCUCUUGGCUGGCCAUUCACUUUCCACAUAUCAAACAUGUUGUUUAUGAAAAACAAGAUUUGACAGCACCCUAUCAUGUUGAAAAGAAUUAUGGUCAAGAAGCAUCUGCAUUUCUUCGAUAUAUUAUUGACCAUUAUGACAAGCUUCCAAAUUACAUGGCAUUCGUACAUGCGCAUCGUUCCUCCUGGCACAUCAAAGAUAUUGUUCCCAUUCUGAAACAUUUGUAUUGGGGUAAAUACGAAUAUGUUUCACUAAAUCCUGAUAAAUUUACCUAUCACAGUGCAGGAAAUCAAAAUUAUGAUCGUGUGAAAAAGUAUUGGUCACAUUUAUUCGAAGAAUCAUUUGGCAAAAUGCCUCCAGUGAUUUAUAAUUGGUGUUGUGCUUCAUUUGUGGUGAGUCGAGAACGAGUAUUGCGAAAUUCAAAAUCGUUCUAUGAAAAGAUUUAUCAUUGGAUUAUGAAUUCUGGAGUGGAUUCGUUUUGGACGAGUCGAGUUCUUGAACACACCUGGGGAUUUAUUUUCCAUCAUGGAAAUUUGGAGAAGAACCCCAUUUCAUCUUUGUGCGAUAUUACAGAUUGUUUGGCCUUUAAUGGAACCUCUAACUAA